AUGGAUUUGAUUUUGGGAGAUGAAAACUUUAGUUCAUCACCAGAUUGGAGUGAGUUACCAAAUAAUACAAUUAUCAAUUUGUUUUCUAUGCUGACUUAUCGCGACCGAGCUAGUUUGUCAUCUGUUUGUCGAAGAUGGCGGUCUUUAGGCGCUUCUCCAUGUUUAUGGCAAUCGCUCGAUCUUAGAUCACACGAAUUUGAUAUCUCAACGGCUAAUUCGCUUUCGAAUCGGUGUGGCUCUCUUCAAAAGCUCUGUUUCAAAGGUCUUGAAUCCGAGGAGGCUAUAAUUAGUCUCAAAGCCAAUAAUUUAGUUGAGAUCAAUGGUAACUUUAAUAUUUAUCUUGACAUGGAUGUUACUUUAUCAAUAAUUGUAGCUAAACAUGAGAUGCUUGAAACCAUCCAACUCAGAGGUACAAGUAUUAAUACUUGUGGAAUCAAAGCAAUUGGUUUAUGUUGUCCCAAUCUUAAGAAACUUUGGCUUCGUAGAGUUAAUUACAUUAGGUCAGAAGCCAUUCAUACUCUAGCUAGCAAUUGUCAACGUUUGAUAGAUGUCGCCUUCAUGGAUUGUUCGGGGGUAGAUUUUGAAGCGCUGACGAAUAUAGUUUCGCUUCGAUUUCUCAAUUUAGCUGGAUCAGAUAAACUAGAGUCAGAUGAAUUUAUUGAGCAAUUGAUUAAGUUUCCAAACUUGAUAGCUUUGGAUGUUUCUAGAACAAAAAUUAAGUCAAGUGGUAUUUCUAAGUUACUCUCGUGUUCCCAUACCUUAAAAGUUUUGUGUGCUAUAAAAUGUGAAGCUCUUGAAAAUGAUACCAAUUUUAACCCUACCAAUGUCAUGGGUAUAGAGUUGAUAUCAAUGCUAACUCGCAUACCUAUAUCGUUAUCGUCUCUAGCUCUUAACCAUGCAGAUAAUGUUAUGGCUUGGAUUGAACAAGUCUUAUCGCAUUCAAUUAUUAAACUAAUUCAAUCAAAACCUUAUGAUGUUGGAGAUUUUUGGGACAACCAAGGAGCACAUUUAGUGACCGAUUUAUUAAAAAGUUCACAAGACGAUGUCCAAGAGAUAGCAAUUAGAGCAAUUGCAAAUUUCUUGAUUAUUGACGAAGAAGAUGAAAUAUUAUACAUCGAUCGAGCAAAUGCAAUUGUAGCCGGUGGUGGAAUACAAUUCAUUUUAAAUUUAGGAAAAUCGUCUAACGAGAAUGUGCAAAUAAAUGUGGCUACGAAAAAUGUUGCUGGUACAUUAGCAAAUAUGGCAUCUGAUGAAAAAAUAAGCACUGAGAUUAUUAAAAAUGGUGGCUUAAAGGCACUUUUAAUCCUUACUCAGGAGUGCAUGUCUGAAGGAGUGUUGAAUAAGGCUGUUCUUGCAUUUGCUAAUUUGGCGGGAAUUGGGUAUUCCAAUUGCGAAAAUAUAGAAGUUGGACUAGAACAAAGACUCGAACAACUCAUCCUCUCGCCCCUUGAUAAUGCGAGACAAGAAGCUGCAAAUGUACUUUGGAACUUGUCUUCAGACAAAAACAUUCUAGGAACAAUUAAAAUGCAUGAUUUAAUUGAAGAUUUGGUUUAA